AUGGGUGUAAUACGGAAGAAAACCGCCUCGCGCGGUACCGAAGCAGGAACCAAAUACCACUGUGAUAUCUGUUCUGUGGAUGUGACCUCGACAGUCCGAAUCUCGUGUGCGCAUCCGUCCUGCCAUGAGUACGAUCUCUGCGUUCCCUGCUUCGCUGCAGGCGAACGGUCCAAAAACCAUGACCCCUCCACACAUCCGUUCCAGGUGAUCGAGCAGAAUUCAGUACCCAUCUUCCAGGCAGACUGGGGCGCCGACGAGGAACUGUUACUCCUGGAGGGCGCGGAUAUCUACGGCCUAGGUUCGUGGGCUGAUAUUGCGGACCACAUCGGUGGCUACCGCACCAAGGAGGAGGUUCGCGACCACUACAUCGGCACCUACGUGGAUAGUCCCAACUUCCCGCUCCCCGAGCGCGGCGACCCGGAGGACACGCGUCUGUCCGAUGAGAUCUCCAAAGAGGAGUUCCAGUCCCGGAAGAAGCGGCGCAUCGAGGAGCGCAAAGAUGCAGCCAAGGCGGCCCCGCCGACAACCCCGAAGCAGAAGCCGACGGCGAGUGUUCCGGCCUGCCACGAAGUGCAAGGGUACAUGCCGGGGCGGUUGGAGUUCGAGACGGAAUUCCUCAACGACGCGGAGGAGGCGGUGCAGCAUAUGACGUUCGAGCCCGGCGCCGGCGGACUGGAGAACGGCGAGAUGGACCCCGAAAUGGAGCUGAAGAUGACCGUGGUGGACGUUUACAACUCGCGCCUGACCGCGCGGACGGAGCGCAAAAAGAUCCUCUUCGAGCACAACCUCCUCGAGUACCGCAAGAACACGGCGCUGGAGAAGAAACGCACCAAGGAAGAGCGCGACCUGCUGAACAAGGCGAAGCCGUUCGCGCGCAUGAUGAACCACGACGACUUCGAGGAGUUCAACAAGGGCCUGGAGUACGAGCACAACCUGCGGCUGGCGAUCUCGCAACUACAAGAAUGGCGGCAGAUGGGGAUCGGCGAUCUCAAGGGCGGCGAAAAAUACGAGCAAGAGAAGCAGCAGCGCCAGCAGCGACUCGCGCCGCAGGGUGCCUUCGAUCGGUUCGCCAGCACCCGGCCCAAGCAGGCGCCGCAGCCCGAGGGCCCGUCCACGGCCAGCCAGCUGACCACGCCGGAGCUCCCUCUGCGGCUGCAGAAGGCGUCGGGGGCGGGCAAGGCCCCGGAGCCGGCCAACCAGCCGAUGAACGAUUUCGAUCGGAUGUUCGCCAGCAACGGAGACGGGAUCAGCACGCCGCAGCCGGCCAAGACGAAAUUCGUGGUGCAGCCGCUGAACGGGGUGAUUCCGUGGAAGCUUGAAACCGAGGGGGCGCCGGACCUGCACCUGCUGACGAAGGAAGAGGUCGAACUCUGCAACGUGCUGCACAUCCAGCCCAAACCGUACCUUGUGGUCAAAGAGAGCCUACUGAAGGAAUCGAUGAAGCAGAACGGGACGUUGAAGAAGAAAGACGCGAGGACGAUUUGCAAGAUUGACGGGACCAAGACGAACCGCAUCUACGAUUUUAUGGUGCACAGUGGAUGGAUCAACAAGGCGUAG